AGUAGGGACAUAGCUUGACAUGUGUACAUGGUGACAAGCUUUCGUGUCUAGGGUAGGGGAUUCGACUCGAUUCUGAUGCGCCUUGCCCAGUCUUACCUUCUCGCGCUGGCUCAUUGAUGAAGAUGGGCUUCAAGGAAUAUUUAGCCUGCAUUCCAUGCGUAGCUUGCGAGGCGGGAAGAGCUGCCCAGGAGGAGGAAAAAGCUUGGGGCGCCAAGGGUCCUAGCCUGCAGCCCAGAAGCCCAGCGAAGGCGUCUGCGAUGAGUAUGAUGCAUGUGAAUUUGGCGAGCUACAACGUUAAACAAGAACCGGCGUCACAGUCGGGACCCGCGACUGGGCCCUUUGCGGAGCCUCCAUGGCAUGAACGCACGAGCUCAGCCAUCGUUGCAAGGACUUCUGUCACAGAGCUGCGCCGCCUUUCCGCGGCGGUCGCGGGCGCCGAGUCGGGUGCGGCGCUGCACCUGCAGCGGCUGUGCGACCUGCUGCGGGCCAAGCUGGCCGUCUCGUUCGCUUGUGUGGACGUCUUCGGCUCCCAGCGGCCCUGCAGCUGCACCCUCGCGGCGUCGGGCUGCGCCGAGUCCCACUUGCCGCUGGGCAUGCCGCGCCUGCACACGCCCGCUGACGCCGCGGAGCUUCGCGUGCUACUGCCGCCGCUGGGGCCUGGCGCCGGCCACACCAGCUACAGCCACCUCUCUGCCUCCACCCUCCUGGGCGCCACCACCCUCAGCGCCCACAGCGCCGCUGCCAACGCCCCUAGCUGCGGCUGCGGCAACCGCAGCAACCCCACCUCGCCCGGCGGCGGCCUGCCCACAAGCAACAGCGCCGGCGGCGCCGCCACCAGCGGGAUGUUCCUGGGCCGCCGUGCAGGCGGCGCCACCGCGCAGAUGUGCUCCUCUCCCAGCAUGGUGAGCGGCGGCGGCGGCGCCGUUGUGGUGAACCCACUGGCGGCGCCGGAUAGGGAGCGCUGGUCGCACCACCACCACAGCCGCUCACACUUCGACCGCUGGUCCGCCGGCAGCGAGCGGCCCUCGGCCGGCGGCGCCGCCGGCGCUGCGGCGGGCGACCGCAGCUCCGCCGCCGCCGCCGCUUUCUGGGGCGGCGCCGCCGGCGGUGACCGCAGCUCCACCGCCGGCGACCGGCCCAGCGGCGGCUCCCCGCGGGGUGGGACCGGCGGCGGCUAUUUUGCCAGCCCACGCGCCGUGAUGGCGGCUGCAUCAGCGGCCUCGGCUGGCGGGGCGUUCCCGGCGGGCUGCGGCGCCUUUAACGGCUGCGUUGGCGGCGCUGGCGGCGGCGGGUUCAGCUGUGCUACCAGCCUGGAGGCUCUGCCGCGUCACAUCCGGCGGCUGGCGGACCAGUUUGACAGCGAGCUGAGGAGCUUCUGGGUGCUUCCGCUGUUCGCGCCUGGGCCCGCCGCCGCGGCACCCGGCUGCUCCGUCCCGGGCUCGCCGCUUGUGCCGCUGCCCGCCGCCGCCGCCAUUGCCUCCCCACCGUCCCCGCUGCUACGGCCCUACAGCUGCGGCCCCGCCUCUGCCGCUUCGUCACUGCCGCGCUGCCUGCAGUCCCCCGGUCCUAGCCUGCAGUCCCCCGGCAGGACCGCUGGCGCCGGCAUCGGCUUCGGCGUGGGAAGCCCGAUCCCCAGCCCUGGCGGCGGCGGCGGCGCCGCGGCCCACAUGCUGCAGCAGCUGCCGCUGAUGCCGGAGACGCCGGGUUUUGGCGCGGUCCAUGGGGCGGCGGGCGCUGCCGUGGCGGCUGGCGGCGGCGGCGGCCGGCGGGUGGUCGGGCUGCUGUACCUGAUGUCCUGCGACGAGCUGCUGUUCCAACUGCCGCGCGAGCCUCUGGACCAGUACUGCCGCUGGCUGUCUGACGCCGUGGCCGAGGGCCGCCUGGAGCUGCUGGCCGACAUGGCCGACGCCCUGACACACGCCGCCGGGCCCGGCGCGGCGGCGGCGGCGGCGGCGGCGCACCUGUCCGACUUCUUCACGCACCGCACACAGGGCAUGGCCGAGGUGCUGGCCUACCCCGCCUUCCUGCCCACCGACUGCCCCGACCGAGCCGUCAUGCUGCUGCCGCCGGCCGCGCACCGCCUCGUGCCGCCCCCGGCCGCGCCCUCGGCGCCAGCCGCGCCUACACAGCCAGCGGCUCCCCAGGCAGCCCCUGGCGCGGCUCCCCAGGCAGCCCCUGGCACGGCUACGGCCGCCGCCGGCGGCGCAGUGGUUUCCGGCGGCCUGGCGCGCUCCGUCGCGGAGGCAGCGGCGGACGCGGAUGUUGGCGAGGGUGGCGAGGCGUCUGGCCUGACGUCGGGCGAUGGGAUGGACACGUGGGGCGGCGUGGAAGGCCUGGGCUUCCUACAUGGCAGCCCGUACACCGCUGGCGGCGGCACAUGCGUACACGGCGCCGGCGGCCUUGGCGGCGGGCGCAGCCGGGCGGCGGGCGGCGCGGGGCGGGCGCCGCCACUGCAGCCCUUCUCGCUGCCGCUGCAUGGCACGCUGCUGCAGUCGUCGCUGGCACUGGGCGGACGCAGCCGAGCCCAGCCGGUGCGCGUGCACGGCGGCGGCGGCGGCGGCGGGAGCACCACUGCGGCUGCCGCGGCGGCUGCCGCAGCCGUGGCAGCAGGCGGCGCCGGCGCCGCCUCCCCGCCGGCCGGAGCCGCCGCUGUGACAACGGCGGCAGCGGCUGCGGCAGCGACGGCGGCGGUGGCUGCGAUCGCGAGGCUGCCGGAUCACGUGCUGUACGGCGGGCAGGAUGGGCUGUACGGCUCGGCGCCCGCCAAGACCGGCCCCGCGGGGCCUCUGGCGGCGGUGUCGCCUGGUAGGGGCCUGGAGCUGCCAGGCGCGCCGCCGGCAGCGGCGGCGCGGCACCGGCGCGUCUCGGACGCCGCCGCGGCGGCGGCGGCGAUGAGUCAUGCUGACGUGGCGCUGCUGCCCGGCGCGCCCCAGUUUGUGAUGGUGGGCGUGCUGCGGGACCCGGCCGCGCCGCCGCCGCCGCCGGUGCCGCUGCUGCGCGCUGCCAGUGCCGCUGGCGGCAGUAGUGGCGGCGGGCGCGACGCGGCGGCGGCGGCCGUGGCGGCGUCGGCGGCGGCGGCGACGGGCGGGCGGUUCGCGCUGUACCUGUCCGUCAGCGAGUCGCUGCGCAAGGACCUUGUGCGGGAGUUGCAGUCCACGCUGGACGCGCUGCUGGUUCUGCUGCACCCCGUGUUCGUGUCUGCGUUCGGUUACGGCGGCGCCGCUGCCGCCGCGGCUGCCGGCACAAGCGCCCCGGCCCCGGCAGGCACCCUGGGCGCCUUGGCUGCGGGCGGGGGCGACCCAGCGGCCAGCAGUCGACAGCGGCUGGCGGCGUACCUGGCAACCGCCCGUGUGGUGGGCUAGCUGGGCACCCAUGUGUCUUU